GCUGGGAGCAUCGCCACCCUCCUUGCCGUCGGGCCGCUUGUGCUUCGCCAUGUCGGAUGGAACUGGAAGAUAUGCUGUGCCCAGCCAUGCCGCAUCCCUGCUGGACGUGCGGGCGAAGCGAAGAGAGGCCUAUCAGUCUCAACGAAGCGGCUGGGGAUCUUGCGGCAGGAGAUAUGGUGCCGCCUUUUUUUCUGGUGGACGUGGUGCUUUGCCCCGUCUUCGCUCUCUUCUCCGUGUUCCGACAGCUGCUUCGCCUUUGGUGGAAGUCCUUCACCGCUUGGCUCUCAUGCAUGGAUUGCCACUUCUUCCUUGGCGCUCUGGCGGCGGUUUUGCUGUGUGCUUGGACGGCCUGGCAGAGCUGUGAUGCUCCGGAACCACACCUGGAGCGUCAUCUUCGCUUAGUGUGCAGCUUCGAAUCUCCCUUGGCUUCGCAGGCCUGGGAGUUGCUCAAGAGCACCAGCAGCAGUCUGACGCUGCAUUGGGUAUGGUUUGUCGCUUCCCUUCAAGAGAUUGAACAUCGCGUGGCAUUGCUGCUGUUGCAGGGCCGAUGCCCGUUUCGUGACCUGGAUGAAGCUCAACAAGCUUGCCAGUCGCGUCCAGAUUUGGUGUUGCUACGCCGUGCCCCCGACAACCAUGCUUUGCGCAAAGCCUACCACGAUGGUCAGCGACAAGUACAUCCAGACCUCUUACGCUUGCAGCAUCCGGCCUGUGCGGCAGAGCUGCUUCAGGCCUGCAGCGUGGCAUUGAACCUCGCCUUCGAUACGCGGCGCCACGAGCUGAAUUGCCCGGGCGCGCGGUGAAAAAGGUGGUCGAAACCACGCCGUGAAACCCUGCGACUUUGCACGUGAUUCGUAGGGUUUUGGACGUUUUGGUGUUUGUUUUUGGUCGAAAUUACACAGGUCAGACCUUCACCUGUGGCUGUGCUGAUGUGUGAUUUUUCCUCCUCG